CAAUGUCGAAUCUUCAGAUCUUUGCGGUCGCCGUUUUGCUUUCCUGUCUGAGUUAUAGCGUUGUUGGUCAGACAAUCAGUGGACAGUCUGAGAUCUUUCAAARUAAAAGACUUUCUUGCAAAAAGUCAAAAAUUUUAAUCAAAAGCAAGAAAGUWAGCAGCAAGCUGGAGUGUACAAUGAUUUGCUCCAGGACAGACUCCUGUCGCUCUGUCAACGUACAGAAAAGAACCGAUGGACACAAGAUCAAAUGUGAGCUUUUAUCRAAGUCAAAGCGUGAUUCGGACACCAUSYUGGAAAAGAGAGACGACUACGACCACAUUGACAUGAUUGACCCGUGCAAAUAUUCUUGCUUCAAUGGAGGAACGUGCACCGUUACGUCACCAACAGGAUAUACUUGCACAUGCGCAGCAGGUUUUAAAGGACAGAACUGUAAAUCCGAUAUCAAUGAAUGCGCUGCAAGCUCACACAGUUGUGACUCAAAUGCAGUUUGCAACAACACCAAAGGGUCCUUUAUGUGUACAUGCAAGCCAGGGUAUCUUGGGAACGGACAAGUUUGCAUUGCUACCAGAGGACUCGAGAAAUCCUCCAUUCUUUCUAACUAUGGUAAUGACAGCUAUCUGCAGGUCCUAACAACAUAUCUAGAUCCUGUAUUGCAAGAUCGCGGUACAAGCCAUUGGAACCUGUGCUGGCAUGCCAAGUCAGAUGGAUGGGACGUUGAAAAACAAUUUCACCCGAAAUGCGACGGUCGUGGACCUUCGGUUACAAUUGUUCGCGUCAACCAAUACGUUYUCGGGGGCUACACUGACGUAUCUUGGAACAAGAAUAGUGGCUGUUCUUCUUCAAAUCAGCCGUUCCUGUACUCGCUGUACAACAUCAAGGGAUAUCAGCCCGUGAAGCUGAACCUGAAAGGAAGAUAUAACAAAYAUGCUAUUCUUGGUCGUGCUACGKWUGGACCAACAUUUGGCUGUUUUAUUUCUUCGUAUGACCUUCAUAUCUCAAACAAUGCAUCGAGUAACUGGAAGUCUUCCUCAUCUCCUGGAUGUUCCUACCAAGCACCCCCUGGCUGUUUUGCCGGUAUCUGUCCAUACUAUAUUUGUCAUUACUUCUAUGCUAAUGACUGGAGGUUCAAACCAAGUGAUGUCGAAGUCUUGUAUGAGAGUACGGCCUAACGASCUAAACAAACAAAUGAUGACUAUACCCGUCGUAAUUAAUUAGAAUUUGUAAUUCCUUUGCCCUUAACAAACUUUAAAAGACUUAUAUAAUCUGAUUGACAUGUCUUACCACCCAAUUCAAA